AUGGCUCCUGCACUUCCUCAAUUUGACUAUCUCUUCGCUAUCGGCACCAUUUUCGCGUUCCUCGAUGCAUGGAAUAUUGGUGCCAAUGAUGUCGCCAACUCUUUCGCGACAUCAGUCGCAUCACGAUCCCUGACAUUGAAGCAAGCCAUGGUCAUCGCCUCGUGCAUGGAAUUUGCUGGUGCUAUGGCUGUCGGCGCUCAGGUCACGGAAACUAUCCGUACCAAGGUCAUUUCUACGAAGCUUUUCGAAUCCGACCCGUCUGUACUCAUGCUCGGCAUGGUCUGCGCGAUUGUUGGAUCAUCGGUUUGGCUCACAAUUGCGACUCGCUUUACCAUGCCUGUGUCGACUACUCACUCCAUUAUGGGAGGUGUCAUCGGUGUGGGUAUUGCUGCGAUCGGGGCCGAGGGUGUCAACUGGUCAUGGAAUGGUGUAUCGCAAGUCUUCGCUGCAUGGGCAAUCGCGCCUGGGAUUUCUGGGAUCUUCGCUUCCAUCAUCUUCUUGGCCACCAAAUACGGAGUCAUGCGCAGGAAAAACCCGGUCAAGAUGGCAUUCAUUGCCGUUCCUUUUUACUUCUUCCUCACAUCGGCCCUCCUAACCAUGCUUAUCGUGUGGAAAGGUGGCUCCGCAAGAAUUGAUCUUGAGGACAGGGAGCUCCCGGGUCCCAUCCUUGGUGUGGGUGCUGGUGUUGCACUCAUCAUCACCGUAUUCUUCAUUCCUUACCUCUACCGAAAGAUUCUCAAGGAUGACUGGCAGCUCAAGGGGUGGCAAGUAAUCCAAGGUCCCCUCCUGCUUAGACGCCCUGAUCCACCAGCUCGCCCUGAGGGCGUUCAAGAGGGCGGCAUCCGAGACUAUUACGAGGGACACUUAACCAAAGAUGAGCUUGACGCCAGGAGAGCUGCCGUGGGACACUCCAAUGAUAUUGAGAGGCACCCAGUAGGAGGUGACACAGAGAAGGCUAGCUCUUCUUCGGACAUCGUACCUGGCCCACGAGCCGACGAGAGGCCGACCCUGAAGGACAAGCCGGUUGAUCCCAAGCUGGCAGUCCCAGCUGGGCCCUGGUAUUCACCAGCGGUUGCUUUCUUCUGGGUCAAGUACUGGUUCUGGCACGGUGUUGACCAGGAGGUCGUAGCGGCUCAGGGCAAGCAGGACUUUCUUUCGGGUGAUAUUGAAGCCAUCCACGCAACAGGAGAGCACUUCAACAACGAAGCGGAAUACACCUACUCAUUCCUCCAAGUUCUUACCGCCUCCACGGCCUCCUUCGCACACGGCGCCAACGAUGUCUCCAACGCCAUUGGUCCCUACACGACAAUCUACUUCAUCUGGCAAUCGGGUCAGAUCAGCUCCAAGGUGCCCGUCCCAACCUGGAUUCUCGCUUUCGGUGGUGCAGGUAUCGUCGUCGGUCUCUGGACGUACGGUUACAACAUCAUGCGCGCACUCGGUAAUAAGAUCACUCUGCAUUCGCCGUCGCGUGGCUUUUCAAUGGAACUCGGCGCCGCCGUUACAAUAAUCAUGGCCACCAAGCUCAAGUUGCCUGUCUCGACAACUCAAUGCAUCUGCGGUGCAACUGUCGGCGUUGGCUUUUGCAAUGGGACGUGGAGGAGCAUCAACUGGCGCAUGGUUGCUUGGAUCUAUAUGGGUUGGUUCAUCACGCUUCCCUGUGCUGGUUUGAUCUCUGGCCUGCUCAUGAGUAUCGUUCUGAAUGCCCCUCGCUGGGGGACCGGAAUCUAG